AUGGGUCGACUGUACACAUUCAACCUCGCGCUGUUCGCGGCGACAGGGUCGUUCCUGUUUGGUUAUGACAGCGGUGUGAUGACCGAUGUCAUUGCUUCUAAGAACUUCCUGCGCUACUUCAACACCACCAAUACUUCAUCGAUUAUUGGGGCAAUCAACAGCACGUUCUCAGGGGGUGCCGCUAUUGGUGCUCUCCAAGGAGGUCUGACGAUGGACCGUUUCGGCCGUAAAUUCACAAUCCAGAUGGGCGCGGCCAUCUGUUUGGUUGGGGCUAUCCUACAGGCCGCGGCGACCAACCUGGCCAUGAUCCUCGUUGGUCGUAUCCUCGCGGGGUGGGCUGUCGGUCUGAUGUCCAUGUCUGUUCCUGUGUAUCAGUCCGAAUGCGCGCACCCCCGGAACCGUGGUUUGAUCAUUGGUCUUGCCCAGCAGAUGAUUGGAGUUGGUUUCAUUGUCAGCACAUGGAUUGGCUUCGGCUCGUUACAUGCCCCCGACUCUAGUGAAUUCCAAUGGCGGUUUCCUUUGGCGUUCCAGGUCGUUCCUGCACUGAUCCUACUCAUUGGACUGUUUUUCUUGCCAGAAUCCCCACGUUACUUGAUUGGAAAAGAAAAGUACGAGGAGGGAAUGAAGAUUCUGAGGAAGCUUCAUUACGAUGGCUCGAACGAUGACUGGAUCCAACGGGAGUACGCCGAGAUCAAGUCGACCAUCGACGCGGAGCGAGCCGUUACCGAGCCUGGUUGGCUCGUUAUGUUCAAGGUUCCUCAGUACAGGACUCGACUCCUGCACGGUAUCCUUGUUCAAGUCUUUACGCAGAUGACGGGCAUCAACGUUAUUAACUACUACCAAACGAUCAUGUACGAGAACCUCGGAAUUACCGGCAGCACCAACAUCCUCGUCACCGGUAUCUACAACUGCCUCGGUCCCAUUGCGAACCUCCUCUUCAUUCUCUUCGUCCUCGACAAAGUCGGACGCCGCAGACCGAUGCUUUUUGGUGCUAUCGGUAUCACGAUCGCGCUGUUCUGCGAAGCCGCGUUGAACUCUCAGAACGAGGACGGUCAUCGAAAGGGCUACAGUAUUGGCGGUGUCUUCUUCAUCUUUUGCGUCACCAUCAUCUUCUCCUGGUCUUUUGGACCGUGUAGUUGGGUGUACAUGGCCGAAGUCAUGCCCAUGCAAAUCCGAGGCCGCGGAAACGCUUUCGCAACCGGCAUUGGCAAUUGGACCGUCAAUAUAUGCGUCACCAUGCCAGUCGUAUACCUGUUCUUCAUUGAGACGAAGCAAAAGUCCCUCGAGGAAAUCGAUAUCCUGUUCGGAGGCCGCGCGCUCGGAACUUUGCCUGAGGAUAUCACCAACAAGGACAACGAGGUCGUUGUUACUACGGAGCAUCAGGAUAAGAGGGAGGUUUAA